GCCGCGGUGCUGACCCUGUGUGUGUGUCACAGGUACGGCGAGGUCGUCAACAUCAACCUCGUGCGCGACAAGAAGACCGGGAAGUCCAAGGGCUUCUGCUUCCUGUGCUAUGAGGACCAGAGAAGCACCAUCCUGGCAGUGGAUAACUUCAAUGGGAUCAAGAUCAAGGGACGGACCAUCCGCGUGGACCACGUGGCAAACUACCGGCCCCCCAAGGAGUCUGAGGACUGGGAUGACGUGACGAGAGCCCUCCAUGCCAAGGGCUGCGGGGUCAAAACGCCACCCCACACCUCGUCCGACUCCGCGUCUGAGGAUGAGGAUGUGCUCGUGAAAAAGCAGAAAGAGAAGCAACAGAGCAGAGCAGAACGGUCCAAGUCGAGCCCACAAGCCGGGAAGCGGGUGAGCACGGAGGAGCCCCAUGCCAGGAUCAAGAUCAAGAAGGAGAAGGAGGACCCGGGGUACGAGCGCUAUGCUGGCGGGAGCGCCGGGAGCAGGACGCAGCGGGAUGAGGAGCAGCGGCGGCACCAGCCUGGGCUGGCCCGCAGGGAUGCUCAGGGUCCAUUCCCCCUCAGGAUCGCCCCGGCACUGCUGAGACAGGCGUCCUAUGGCACCAUCAAGAUCGGCAUCUACCAGAGCCUGAAGCGGCUCUUUGUGGAUCGCAUGGAAGAUGAAACGUUGCUCAUCAAUGUGAUCUGUGGGGUGGUCUCGGGGGUCAUCUCUUCUGCACUGGCCAAUCCCACAGAUGUGCUGAAGAUCCGAAUGCAGGCUCAGGGCAGCUUGUUCCAGGGCGGGAUGAUCGGCAGCUUCAUUGACAUCUACCAGCAGGAAGGCACCCGAGGCCUCUGGAGAGGUGUUGUCCCCACGGCCCAGCGAGCGGCCAUCGUGGUGGGGGUGGAGCUGCCAGUCUACGACAUCACCAAGAAGCACCUGAUCCUGUCAGGCCUCAUGGGGGACACCAUCUUUGCCCACUUUGUUUCCAGCUUCACGUGCGGGCUGGCGGGAGCCAUCGCCUCCAACCCCGUGGACGUGGUGCGGACGCGGAUGAUGAACCAGCGCGCCAUCGUGGGCAGCACCGAGCUCUACAAGGGCACCCUGGAUGGCCUUGUCAAGACAUGGAAGAGUGAGGGCUUCUUUGCACUCUACAAAGGCUUCUGGCCCAACUGGCUUCGUCUGGGUCCCUGGAACAUCAUUUUUUUUAUCACAUACGAGCAGUUGAAGCGCCUCCCCUUCUGAGAGCUGCCUUCAUCUCACCAGAGUCAUCCUCAGGGCUGGCAGCAGGGCUGUGCUGCCGCCUCCCUCUUCAUCCCACUGUCCCCAUGUCGUGGUGUUUGGUCCCUGUGGGCUGGGCUCUCCCCACAUGCAUGGUCCCUGGAGCACGAGCUGCCUGGCACAGGGGGCAGCCACGUGUUUCCCACCCGGAGGUGUUGUGUGCCUGGGCCUGCAGGAAUAUCUUCUGUGAAGAUCUGUGUGUUCCAGUGGCCUUUAGGGCACUGUGGCUCGUGGCUGGCAGGUGUGGGUCUCCUCCCGUGCCCGUGGGGUGGGGCCCGUGAAGGUGCCAUUGUCAUCAUGUUUCUUGCAGAACUUGUAACUUCAUUAAAUUAUUUAUUGACUGGA